AUAUACCUCUCACAGCUCUUAGUUCUGCUUAUUUCUCAGUUUUAAUUUUUAUUUUGUUUUGAGGCAGUCUUACUAAAUAGCACAAGUUGGACUUGUAUUAUUAGUCCAGUCUGACCUCAAACUCACAAUCCUCCUGCCUCAGCCACCUGAGUGCUAAGAUUUACAGGCAUGUACACUAUACCUAACUUUUAAUCUUUUUUCUUAUUGUAAAUGACUCCAAGGAUGAAAUGCAUUAGACCUAGGUUUGGUGGCACAUGCCUGUAAUCCAGACAACUGGGAAGCUGAGGCAGGAGGAUCGAGUUCAAGACCAGCCUGGACUGAACAGUGAAAUCCUGUCUAGGGGGAAAAAGAAUUUUGAAAACGAAGUGAGCUACAGUAUUUCACGCUAUUUAUGGCCUGAAAUGAAGCCAAGUUCAGAACUAUACCUCCAAUGAUCCCUUUUCUUUGCCCUUUAGAUUAAGAAGCCUGAAGUCUGGAGAUGCUGAAUGCUUCAGGCAAGGUCACAAGGCGACCAGGGAAGUGGCGAUCUCCACAUUUAGCCACCCUGUCACUCCUCCGGCCUCCACAAGGGCCAGUGUUCUUACGUGCACUGGGAACUUAGAUAUGCCCAGGGUCCGACUUCAGCAAUCGGGAGUCAGGCACAAAUGAGUCAGGAAUCAGAAGAAAAUAAAGUACGUAAAAAGCACAGUCAAAUAGAAGAAAAAGCAAAUUCAGACGGAUACACAUUCUUACACCCUAAACCCCCAAACCUCCAGAGCUUCCUGCCUGUGAACCGAGAGGGGGAGUGUGAGCGUGUCUUGGCGUAGCUGGCAGGUGCUGUCUCAAAGGCCCACGGUCCUCCACUUCCUGGGGUGGCAGCCACAGAGCAAAGCCUACAGAGACUCCUUCCACACCUCCCUCUCUCCCAUCCUCCCAGGCUCAGCUGCCUCUGGGCACCAUCCCGGGGCGGUAGAAGAUGAAGUGGAAGGUGGCUGUUCUCGCUGGCGUCAUCCUUCAGGCGCAGGUCCCAGGAGCAGAGGCACAGAGCUUUGGUCUGCUGGAUCCCAAACUCUGCUACCUGCUAGACGGAAUACUCUUCAUCUACGGGGUCAUCGUCACAGCCCUGUACCUGAGGGCAAAGUUCAGCGGGACUGUGGAUGCUGCCGCCUACCAGCAGGGCUCCAACCAGCUCUACAACGAGCUCAAUCUAGGACGAAGAGAGGAAUAUGAUGUUUUGAACAAGAAGUUGGCUCGGGACCCUGAGAUGGGGGCCAAACAGCAGAGGAGGAGGAACCCCCAGGAAGGCGUGUACAACGCGCUGCAGAAAGACAAGAUGGCGGAGGCCUACAGCGAGAUUGGAAUGAAAGGCGAGAGGCGGAGAGGCAAGGGACACGAUGGCCUUUACCAGGGGCUCAGCGCUGCCACCAAGGACACCUAUGACGCCCUUCACAUGCAGACCCUGCCCCCUCGCUAACAGUCAGCGAACUUCCCACUCAUCGGCCUGACCUGAUGAUGUUGAUUGUGAAGGACAACGCAUUUCCAACUCAGUCCAUUCAUUUCACAGCCACCAUUUGAUGAAGAGGAUGCUUCCAGCCAUCACAUCUGUCUUCUCCAAUUCCAAAGUACCGUCCACAGAAUGUCAUCCCUGGAUGCUUAAAAGGGAGAGCCCCCCACUCACUCUCAUAGCCCAGCCUGGUUCUCUGGUCUUAUGGCACGCCCUUGUCACAGCAGAGCCAAGCCCUAGCCAGGGGGUCGGGGGUGGGGGCACUAACACACCUCCUGUCACGGCUGAGUUCAGUUUGCUCUGUAAAAGCCCCAGAGAAGGCCUGGGUACCGUUUGGAUUGUUCCACUGGUGUGGACUUGCUUUGCUCCUGCUGUAAAUUUGGCUUCUGCUGUCAUCCUUCCCACUGCCAAGAUAACCUGUAAUUAGGCCACACGGUGAAAGGCAGAGAGGGAGGGAGCCUAGGCAAGUGUCUGCCAGAACUGGCUGAAGGAAGGGAAGCGACAUGCCCGGAAGGUCCCCAGCACAGGUACAAGGGACCUCCUCCCACCAAGCAUUCUCUCUGCAUCUCCCAACCACUGUGCCAGGCACUCAGGAAUGGAAAGGUGCCUUCCCUUCAUGGCGAACACACAUGACUUGUGCCCAAACUGGCAGAGAAACAGGCUAUGUCAUGACAAUGAACUAAGCCCAGGGGGUGAGUGAAAAGGGAGUCCCGCCUUCUCCCAGGAACUUGGUCCAUUCCUUCUUGAAUGGCGAGAAGACCAAGACCACCCAGGUCUGCAGCGCUCACACAGCAGUGACAUUGAGAAUCAGUCAGCGGACUGCAAGCUCACGGUAUAAAGUGCCUGUGACCAUGGAUGGGGGACCCUCUGAUCUCCAGGGUUUUAAUUUAUACUGGCUUGCUAAAUAAAGCCUCACUGCUUUGCAUAAUAAAUGCUUUGCUAAAAA